AUGCCUGCCAACGAUGACAAAUAUACCGAUCCCGAGCUGCGGGAACAGGUCAAAGAAGAAGUCAAACAGAGUGAUAAGGGCGGAAAGCCGGGGCAGUGGUCGGCUAGGAAGGCCCAGUUUAUGGCGUCCGAAUACAAAAAGCGCGGCGGUGAUUAUACUACUUCGAAGGAGGAGGGACAAGAUGAGUCUCAGAAGAGCCUUGAGCAAUGGGGCAAGGAAGAGUGGCAGACGAAAGAGGGAUCAGGCACGGCUAAACAGGGGGAUGGGACGAGGAAGCGAUACUUGCCGAAAAAAGCAUGGGAGAAGAUGAGCGAGAAGGAGAAGGAGGAGACUGAUGAGAAGAAACAGAAGGAGUCUCAGAAAGGCAGGCAGUUUGUUUCUAACACCAGUAAGGCAAAGAAGGAGAGGAAGCAGGCUGCGGAAGACUGUCGGGAUGAGGACCAACAGGAGUCUGAAAGUGAAGAAUCUGGAUCAGACGAAUCUGAGCCUGAUGAACCUGAUGAAGUUGAUGCAAACGAGAGCGAAGAGGAACAAGAAGGAGAGGAUGAGGAAGACGAGAACGAGAAGGGCGAGGAGAGGCAACAAAAUGGGGAACCUGAAGAUCAGAAUGGUCAUAAAACAGAGGCUGGCAAGAAGCGCACUGCGAGCCAGGAGGAGGGAGCAAAUAAAAAACCCAAGACACGCCAGGAUAGUAAGGCAGAACGCGAGCAGGAGGAUUACUCUGAGAUCUGA